CUAUAAAUUAUGAUUUUUUUUUCCAAAUUUAUGUACAUAAAACAUAUUCUAAAAGAAACCUGACUAAAUAUGAAAUACGCAGAGAUAUCUCAUUUUAGUCACCCAAAACAUAACCUUAAAUACGACUACACCGAGAAGCCCUUCAAGUGUGAUGGUUGCAAUGAAGUAGGGAUCGGCUCUCGGUAUCGCUGCUCCAAUGAUCAUCAAAGCUGCGAUUUCGAUCUCCAUGCACACUGCGCGUUACCUUCCGCCACCAUAACACAUCCUUUCUACAAAAAGUGUACGUUUCAGUUUUUCGCUAAGCCGCCAGGGAAUGAAAGACGGUACUGCAACGCGUGCCAGAAGGACGUGUCCGGAUUCGUGUACCAUUGCAGGGCAUGCGGUUUUGAUCUUCACCCGUGUUGUGCUAUGCUUCCUAUGGUUUUGGACGAUGGAGAGACCAAGCUCUUCCUUCACCGCAAAGUUAGCUCGUCCUGUCAUCGAUGUGGAAGAAAAGGCCGUAGCUGGAGUUACAGGUCGUCUUGCAAAAAGUACAAUCUCCACGUAGCGUGCGUGAGGGAGAUGUUGGUGGAGAAUUGGCAGGAGCUGUACAAUGGACAAAGUGGUAAAAGCAUAGAAGGCAAGAGCCUGGCGUUAAAGAACACGCUCGAGCAUCACCACCGUAGCAGCAGCAAAGGCAAAGUCCAGAAGUGCUGUGAGAUCGCUGGAAUGGCCGUGCAGUUCGUUAUCUCUGCCGUGCUUGGUGAUCCAACGGCCCUUAUCGCCGGAGUUGUAGGCUCCCUCAUCUCCCGAGGAUGAUCCACCUUCUAAUUAAUGAUAUCUCCAUCUUCCUACUUUGGGUGUUCACUUAUCGUGUUAUAUAUAAAAACUCUUAACUAAAUCAUCAGACCAGUGAAGAUUUAUUUGACCAAUUAUCGUGUUACAUAUAAAAACUCUUAACUAAAUCAUCAGACCAGGGAAGAUUUAUUUGUUCAUUUCC